AUGGCCAAGUCAUUAAGAAGUAAAUGGCGACGAAAGUGUAGAGCAGUAAAACGUGAACGUUAUGGUGCAAAGGAACUGGCUACAUUGAAAAAAACUCUUGGUAUCGAUGAAAAUGGUCAACAAGAGGUUGAAUUGAAUGAAAUAUCCGAAAUAGCCACAGUUGUUGAUGCCAAGACAAUUAAAGCUGAAAAUGAGAUGAAAGCUGAUAAGAAUGAUAAUGAAAAUCAUGUCGAGCAAAUGGAUCAAGACGGUAAACGUGUUUACAAUAAGAAGACAAUGAAAGAUCAAUAUGGACAGUAUCCAAUUUGGAUGAGCAGUCGUAAGAUUGCCAAACAUAAGAAAGGUCGGGGAAAAAAUCUUUCAGCUACCUCAAAAUCAAGCAAAAGACUUACUAAGAGACAAAAAAAGAUGGUGAAGAAGAAAGGUAACUCUCAAAAUAAUUAA